AAUAGAAGAUAGACUAUUCCAGGGGCGGGGUGGGGUGGGGGGGAGGCAACAGGCUUUUGAAAGCCAUGUGCAGAGUGGAGAAGGCGCUGAGCAGCUGCCUACCAAUCUCUCACGUCAGAGGAUGUGAGUGGGAGGGCUCCAGGGAGACGGUUCCCCCGCGGCACUUUCCUGGUGUGAAUUCGGAUGGGUGGUUGAGAGAUGUCUGAGCAAGGAGCUACAGGGUUUGCAAUGCCCCAGGAAAGAUCCUAAGCGGAAGAGCCACGUGUGCCCCCAGGCCCCAGACACAGUUCAGCACUAAACACCAGAAAGCAAACAAGCUGUGGCGUGGACAUAAAAAUCAUUUCCAGUGAGAUGAAACCCUGCAAACGCUGAGAAGGAAUGUGUGUGCUUUGUAGAAAACUUGGAAAACAUGAACAGAGUUCAACCAGGCAGCCUCAGAGGAGCUGCUACAUGUGAUGUGCUUCCUUUCUGCCUUUGUUCAUACACCUUGAACAGUUUUUUCACUGUGAAAUAUUUCAGACAUACCAUGUGGUAUAAAAAUACUAUAAAACUCAGGUAGCAACCAGUGCAGCCUGACUUAGCCGUCAGUUCAAAGGCCCUUGCGAUCCCUUUGCUCGGCUGUGUUUGUUGUUUGUGGCUUUAGAAGGGUGACCUGUCGGAGCAUGGAGGACAGACUAGGUGUGGGCAAGGAGGCCACAGAUGCUGAACAGCCGCUAGGCAGCAGCAAGGAUCCAGGGCUUGGGGACUGUUUUCUGCCAAGAGCCAUUUGGACAUUUCUAACAUCAUUCAUGGACCUCACAAAAUUAUCCACUUAAAAAAUCAGCUUGCCACAGAUUGAUUGCAUUUUGAGGCCUUACUUGUGGUUACCUUGGCAGAGCCAUAACCCAGUGAUUUCAUGGAUCUUAGCCUGAGAGCCCACUGUAUCCCACUACUGAAGUGCCAAACAAACAAACAAACAAACAAAAAAAACAAAAACAAAAGGCCACUCCACUGCCCACAGAGCACAGCUCAGCUCUUCCUCAACCGCUCUGCUUGGAAGAGAAGGAAAGGGCGAGAUGCAGGCAGAUUUUUCCAAGGCAGUCAAUGGCGCAGCCAACAGCUCCCCUGGGGAAGCCCCUGCCCCCAACUCCAUCGCCAUCCGUCAAGAAAGGAGCUGGGCCCUGGCAGGGGCUCUCCUAAAGUGAGGAGGCAAGCAAAGGUCCCACGUCCAGCCACAGAUCUAACAGGGACAGGUGCCACAGUGGGGAGAGAGAGGGGUCAGAAAAACCCGCAAGUAACCCCCAGCCCUGUGAGUCUCCACGCAAGACACUCAGCUCUGUUUUCCACUUGUCACUGCCACAGGGGGUAUCAAUGUAGUCACAGAUUUAAAAACUAGUCACACCCUUCCAGCCAGGAAUUUAAUACCUCAGCCUUUAUCAUGUUGAAAAAUGAUACUGCACUUGAACCUAUAAAAAACAGAUUGAAUAAAUUUGGUGGACGCAUUUGACAAAAUUUUCUGUAAUUAUUAAAAAUAAUGUUCUCGAAGAACAUUUCAGGAUACGGUGACAGGAUCUUAAUACAGGUAAGUGUCGAGUACAGGAAUAAAUUAGUGUUAUGAUUUCAUUCUUUUAAAAGCUGUGCUUAUGUAAGCAUUAAAAGCUGGUUAAAACUAUGUAUGCUAUUUAGGGAUGCACAUAGUAGCAAGUUUAUACACAGGAAAAACACUGCCUUCCACCUCUUACGCAUGCAAGCCAGCCAUGCUAGUUUCUUAACCGACCCUGCUCCAUCUUGCCACUGGUCCUUUGCACAUGCCAUUCCUGCAUAUCUGGAAAGAAAGGAACAGAAAGCUUUUGGCUCCAUGACUUCCACUGCUGAGUGAUAUAUGUGGCACUGAGCUUUGAGAUUUAUGACACCCCCAAAUGUCUAUUCCCUGUGUGUUCCCACUACUCGCCCUGUUCUAUGGCUGUCCAAAGCACGGGAGUUGAUAUAGAAGGGGGAAAAAGGCUUUUCUUAUAUAUAUAUAUAUAUAUAUAUUUUUUUUUUUUUUUUGCCAGGCAGAGUGGACAGUGAGAGAGACAGACAGAGAGAAAGGUCUUCCUUUGCCGUUGGUUCACCCUCCAAUGGCCGCCGCGGCCGGCGCGCUGCAGCCGGCGCACCGCGCUGAUCCGAUGGCAGGAGCCAGGAGCCAGGUGCUUCUCCUGGUCUCCCAUGGGGUGCAGGGCCCAAGCACUUGGGCCAUCCUCCACUGCACUCCUGGGCCAUAGCAGAGAGCUGGCCUGGAAGAGGGGCAACCGGGACAGAAUCCAGCGCCCCGACCGGGACUAGAACCCGGUGUGCCGGCGCCGCAAGGUGGAGGAUUAGCCUAGUGAGCCGCGAUGCCAGCUCGGCUUUUCUUAUCUUGAUGAUGGUUCUUUGUGAGGGUUCAUUAAACUAGGCAGCAGUAGGGCUGUUUUAUCUCUGCUCAGCAGAGACCAAAUAAUUUAAAGAGAUAUCAUUGCUGCAGUUUUGUUUCCCUUGGUUUGUUCUGGAACUUGCUAACUGGGGAGAUUGGCUUUUCCCUUGGCAGCCUGAGACCUUGAUGAAUUACAUGGCAGAUUUUAAUAAUGUUCUUACCGUUGAGGAGACCAGGCCUGUCGUAGAGAGUAGGUCUGUAUUAGCAGGUGCUUAAUCUGUUGGCGUUUUGUUUUGUUUUGAUUUCUGAUCUGUUCUUGCUGCCUAUGGUUGUUUGGGCUCAAGGUAACAGGGACCUGUGUUCGGCUCGAAGUUUGUUCCCACUGUGCCCUGUCUGAUGCGAGCUUUACUCGCUGAUGACAUAAACGCUUUGCAGCCCACUCUUGGCCUCCUGGAUCCAAUAGUGGAUUGUCUCAUUUGCUGGGAGCUUUUCUCCUGGACCUCCUGCUUGGCUCUGAUAGAGAGAGGCAUUCCAAAGAGCUUCAGCACACACUCUCACAAGUUGAUGACAGAACAAGGCAAGUCCAUGUGUCUCUUUUACUGCUCCCCGCCCACGUUUAGUGAGGGUUCUUUUUGUUGUUUAAGAGAGAUCUAAUCUGUUGAUUUCUUAUCUGUUAAGUUUUAAUUUUUGUUUGACAAUUGUCAGGUUGUGUCAGUGUAUCCAUCCAGAGUUUAUGAACUUUUGUAUUUCACAGUAUAAGAUAUAUAAUUAGGUCAUUCAUUUUAUGAAUACCUGAUAGGAAUGAAGUCUUCAUUUAUUGUCCCUUUCUACUUCUUUAACUCACUGCCUCACACACAGGCACAUCUAUGUGCAUAAACUUCCAUUUCUAUUUGACUAAUGUUUUAUUUAUUUGGAAGGCAGAGCUAUGUGGGGAGAGAGCCUACAUCUGCUGAUUCACUCCAUCAGUGGCCAGGGCUGUGCCAGACUGAGGCAGGAACCUGGAACUCCAUCCACAUUUCCCAUGUCAGUGACAGGGGCCCAAGCACUUGGGCCAUCCUCCACGGCUUUCUCAGGUGCAUUAGCAGGGAGCUGGAUCAGAAGUGGAGCAGCUGGGACUCGAACCUGCACUCCAAUAUAGGAUGCCGACAUUGAAAGCAGAGGCUUAACAUUCUGUGCCACAAUGCCAGCCUCUGUUUGACUGGUUUAAUAGGAAUGCACUUUUGCAGAGAAUCCGUGCUGGAUCAUGGCUAGAUUGUAUUUCAACAGGAUCGCUGAAGAAUAAAUUAGCAGGUAUAACCAAACAGGUAGCCUUAAUGGUUUUUAAAAAUUCAAAUAGAGCAAAUUAGUUAAGACAAUGGUUUCUGAUCAGCUUCUUAGGCUUUGAUUCAUUGCACUGGAACUAGUCUUGAAAAUAAUUUAUGGGGGCCAGUAUUGUGGCACAGCAGGUUAAGCCACCACCAGGGACGCUAGCAUCCUAUAUCAGAGCACCAAUUCUAGUCAUGGCUGUACUGCUUCCAAUCCAGCUUCCUACUAAUGUGCCUGGGAAAACAGAGGAAGAUGGCCCAAGUGCUUGGGCCCUGCCACCCAUGUGGGAGACCUGGAGGGAGUUCUGGGAUCCUGGCUGUUGUGGUCAUUUAAGGAGUAAGCCAGUGGAUGGAAGAUCUUUCUCUCUCUGUCUCUCCCUAUAACUCUGCCUUUCAGAAUAAAUAAAUCCUUUUUAAAAAUGUAUAGUGAGAAAAAAAAGCCUGGCAAAGUUUUAAGAGGACCUGUUCCUGAAGACAUGGCUCUCUCUCUCUCUGUCUCUAGCUCUCUUUCUCUCUCUCUUGAUCUUUCUCUCUGAGGCUCUCCUUCUCCCUCUUUUUCUUCUUUGCACCUACCCUCUGGUCUGUCGGGUUUCCCCACCAAUAAACCAUUUCCUUUAUAAAAAAAAAUGUAUAGUGAGGAUUCUUGUACCCUCAAACAGCGAUUUGUUUGAAUUUGUCACCAGAAUUACAAAGUUUGUCAGCUUAGAGACGGAACAGCACUGUGUAUCUCAAUUCCCUCACUUGUACAAUUGAAAUCAUAUCAGUGAAUUUAAUUCAUGUAAAGGAUUUAGUAACUUUACAUGAAACCACCAAUUAUUGCUGCUAUUGGUUUCAUUACACAAUUAAUUUCAUUGUUAAGUUUAAUAGUCCUUAUUGUUGGCACAUAUGUUCCACAAAUAGAACUGAUCAAGAAAUAAAAAAAAAAAAAACAUAACAAAUGAAGACAUAUAUGAGGAUUUUUAUUAAUAGCAUUAUUUAUUGUAGUCAAAAGCCAGAAACAGCAUGGAUAUCCAAAUUAUAUAGAGGUUUAUAAAUUUAUUGCGGAAUAUCAGUGUACAGUAUGCUUAUGGAAAGAAAGAAAUCUAUGAUGUCUUCCUAAGUAUACAUGUGUUGUCAUUUUUAAAAUUGUAUUUGCAGUUUGCUUCCUCCCUCCCCCUUAACUAUUCUUUUUUUUUUUUUUUUAUUUUUGACAGGCAGAGUGGACAGUGAUAGAGAGAGACAGAGAGAAAGGUCUUCCUUUGCCGUUGGUUCACCCUCCAAUGGCCGCCGCGGCCGGCGCGCUGCGGCCGGCGCACCGCACCGAUCCGAUGGCAGGAGCCAGGAGCCAGGUGCUUUUCCUGGUCUCCCAUGGGGUGCAGGGCCCAAGCACCUGGGCCAUCCUCCACUGCACUCCCUGGCCACAGCAGAGGGCUGGCCUGGAAGAGGGGCAACCGGGACAGAAUCCGGCGCCCCGACCGGGACUAGAACCCGGUGUGCCGGCGCCGCUAGGCGGAGGAUUAGCCUAGUGAGCCGCGGCGCCGGCCUCCCUUAACUAUUCUUUACCUUUUAGAGUAGUUUUAGAGUCACAGUGCACUGAGCACAGAGUACAGAGUUCCCCUUUCCUGCCUCCGUAUACACAGAGCCUUCCCUGUUAUCAACAUCCACCGUCAGUGGCAUAUUUGUUAUCACUGAUGAACCACAGUGUCCAUGGUUUACAUUGGGAUUCUCUCUUGGUGUUUUCCAGUCAUGGGUUUGGAAGAACUGUGUAAGGGCUUGCAGGCACACUGCAGUAUCAGACAGGACACCUUUGCUGCCCGAAACAUUUUCCUUGUACCUCCUCUUCACCCUUCACCCUCCUUCCCCAGGAACCCCUGGUGAGCGCUGAUCUUUUUACUGUCUGCAUACCAAAUGUAUGCAAGACCAAGUUUGUCUUUCUGGAUGUGAUGGCCUCCCCACGUGACUAUGCCUCUUGCAGAGGCUCUCCUUCAUCCCUCUCCAGAAGAGGAGAAGAGGAAACACAAGAAGCACCUGGUGCGGAGCCCCAGUUCCUACUCCAUGGGUGUGGAGUACCCAGGUUGCUAUGAAGUCACUCUGGUUUUUAGCCAUGCGCACACGGUGGCUUUGUGUGUUGGCUGCUGCACUGUCUUCAGCCAGUGCCCAGGAGGAAAAGCAAGGGUUAGAGAAGGAUGCUCCUUCAGAAGGAAGCAAUGUGGAAAGCACCCUGAAGCAAGAGGAGUGGGAAACCUUCCCAGUAAAUGCAUGGUGGCUAUAAAUUUUUUUUUAAAAAAAAAGACUAAGUUUGUUACACUGACAAAGUUUAUAUCUCAACUGCCUUUCAAAGUGAUCCAUUUAUCAUUAAUGCGAUUUUGAUGGAGGUCAUUUCCAGUAAAGUGUCCCUAGAAAAUAAUACUCUUCAUUAUUUUUUCUGGACUAUAGCCUGUCUCUGUCCACCUGAAAAUUAUGUAAAUAAUCUUAGUUAGGAAAUUCUCCAGACUGCAUUUCCAACUAAUUGAGUUUCCCCAAACAACAUUAAGUAAUUGCGUCAAGCCUUGUCUUGGGUCUAGUUAUACAUUCCUGGCUUCAACAGCAGAGAUGCGUUUUUUUUUUUUCCUUACUUUUCUCCUUUGUGUCAGAGACCUGUUCUCUGUGAAGAAAUGAUUGUGUGUUGGCUCUUCCCUUUGAUAUUGCUGUGUGUAUACUUGAUUGACAGUUAAAUUCUUGGAUGGCUGUAAGAACUAUUACAGGAACAAGCGUCCAAGGCAGUUCUUGUGGUUGGUGAGUCUUUCUGUAGCUGCUGUGUAACUUACCUUGCUCUCUGCAGAUCAUUUCACGCAGAGAGCUGACGCAGUGUGAGCAGGUGAGUGCUCUGUAAGCCAGGCCCGUGACCAGUACUGAAGACAGAUCGCUUGAAGCUGAAUCGUGGCCUUAUCUCCAGUGGUGCAAGUGCCAGCUUUGGGUUAAUUCCUUAGAAAUCCUGCAGGGGAACUGAAUGUGUUCUCUCCCAAGCAGACUGACUUUUUCCCCUAUAGGGCUGUAAAUGAGGUUGCUCUUUUACUCCCCACAUACCUCAAAAUAUCAGUUUCUGAAACUGGAAGGUGCUAUGGAAUGGUAAAAUGAGUAAAUCUGAAGAGUUUUCUUCAUUUUUAUUGGCAACCAAAAGUGAUGGUUUUGCCUGAUGGACCUGGAUAAAUUCCUUUCAAGAAAAUCUUUGUUACUAUAGAAAUAAUCAAUACAUUUCUUCCAUUUUAUUCAUUCAUUUAGUGCAUAUAUUAAUUCAGUCUACUUCCAGAGAAGAAAGCUAAAGCGAAGCUAAACUCAUUUGACUGCAGGCCAGUGAGGACUGUGCACUUGAUCCUGUGAUGAGUUCAGCAAGCCCAGUGAAGGCACGUUUUUCCUAUAGCCAUGACUGUGUUUCUCUUCUUUUGUCUCCCUUACAAAAGAUUCUAGAUUGUUGGGUGGUUUUCAAAGAAAGAAAUUGUACUCUGGAGUCUGCUGCUAACAUUUUUCCCCUUACCAUACCCUAGAGAUUUACGUACUUGCCUCUAGCUGGUCAGCCCAGAGGUUCCAUUGGGGGAGUACUUCAUUUAUUUUAUGCAAAAACGGACUUUGUGCCUUUAUACUCCGCGGUAGCUUUGCACCUGUGCUCUCCUGUUGGUUGAGGCAUUAGGCUCUGGAAGCACUGGGCUGAAGAGCAAGCGCUCUAAAAUAUUUAGGCCUGGAAGGGAUCUUUUGUUUUGUUCAUGUGGGGAGGGGUGUGGGGUGUUAUCCCUUUUUAGAGGGAACAAGUUGUUAUAAAAUUAGAUGAGCCUAUAAAAUUAAUUAAUUAAUUUUAAAAAGGGGUCUGUACUAUGGCAUAGCGGGUAAAGCUGCCGCCUGCAGUGCCAGCAUCUCAUAUGGGCAUCAGUUUGAAUCUCAGCUGCUCCACUUCCAAUCCAGUUCUCUGCUAUGGCCUGGGAAAGCAGCAGAGGAUGGCCCAAGUCCUUGGGGCCCUGCACCCAUGUAGGAGACCUGAAAGAAGCUCUUGGCUCCUGUCUUCAGAUCAGCCCUGCUCCGGCUGUUGUAGCCAUCUGGGGAGUGAACCAGCAGAGGGAACACCUCUCUCUCUUUCUCUCUGCCUCUGCCUCUCUGUCACUCUGCCUUUCAAAUAAAUAAGUAAAUCUUCAAAAUAUAUGAUAUGCUUCUGUAAAUAAUAAUUAAUAGGAUUAUUUCAUAAAAUGCCUUAGCUGUAGCUGUUGUUUUUAUUUUUUAAAAUAAGAUUUAUUUUACUUCUUUAAAAGCAGAAUAACAGAAAGAAAAAGAGAUCUUAGAUCUGGUAAAUUUCCCAAAUGACCGCAAUGGCCAGGGCUGGGCUGGGCUGAUGUCGGGAGCCUGUAUAAUGCCAGUGUCAAAGGCUGCAACUUAACUCACUGUGCCACAAUGCUGGCCCCUGUUGUUCUCAUUCUGCAAAGUUUCAUUCAGAUCCCAAAAGUCAUGACCAACGGCUGGCCAGUUGGUGAUUCUGCUGUCAGUGAGCCAGCAUUCCUCCAGCUGGACCACAUGAUCAGGUCCCCAUCAUCUCAAUAGUGGCUGAAUGGCUCCAGGGGUCUCCCACAUGGACUCUCUGCUUCUUCCCUCCCACCACAGCUGCUAUCGGGUUCCUUUAAAGCCUAAAUCACUUGCUGUCUCUCCCGUGGUUCCCUUUUCACUUAAUGGCAUUGACAUGUGACAUGUGGCCCUCAAGGGCCAGCAUGAUCAGGUCAUGUUGCUGCUUGGGGACCUCAUCACCUAUUCCUCCCCCACACCUUUCCCCCAUGUUCCGAUCGUGCUGGCCUCCCCUUGUUUUCCUGUACCUCACCCCAGGGCUCUGUGCUAGGCUUUCACCCAUGUCAUUUCCCUUCCUCAUUUUCCUCCAGGUUUCUACUCAGGUCUUCUUAGGCCUUUUCUGCCUCCUACGUAAAAAUAGUGUUUCCAUUCCCCCUCCCACCCUAACCUAGCUCUACUUUCUCUCUUUAUUUGACUUUACUUCUUCUUCAUAGGCUUUAUCAUCACCUACCUCACUAUGUAUCUUUUGUUCAUUAGUCCCUAUCAUUCCAUACUAAAAUAUAAUUUUUCUUUCUUUUAUUGCCAUUUUCUCAGCAUCUGCAUGCAGCACACGUUCCCUAGAUGAAUGGUGAAUGGUCACUGCAUUGUUCAAAUGUUCCAUGCUGCCUUAAGACAGUUGCUGUAAGCGUGAAAUGGAUCUGUCUUGUCAACAUUUGAAGAAUGUCUUUCUUCUUCUAUACACACAUUUGCAUUCCCUCAUUUUUGAAGAAAACCAAUAAGACAAGAGGAAGACCAGGAUUUACCUGAAGAGACUUUGUAGUAGACAAAGCAAGAUAACUAAAAAAUAAUACCAGGCAUUUUUGUUAACUUUUAUUUAAUGAAUAUAAAUUUCCAAAGUACAGCUUACGGAUUACAAUGGCUUCCCCCCCUCCCAUAACUUCCCUCCCACCUGCAACCCUCUCCUUUCCCACUCCCUCUCCCCUUCCAUUCACAUCAAGAUUCAUUUUCAAUUCUCUUUAUAUACAGAAGAUCAGUUUAGUAUAUAUUAAGUAAAGAUUUCAACAGUUUGCACCCCCAUAGAAACACAAAGUGAAAUAUACUGUUUGAGUACUAGUUAUAGCAUUAAGUCUCAAUGUACAGCACAUUAAGGACAGAGAUCCUACAUGAGGAGUAAGUGCACAGUGACUCCUGUUGUUGACUUUACCAAUUGACACUCCUGUUUAUGGCAUCAGUAAUCUCCCUAUGCUCCAGUCAUGAGUUUCCAAGGCUAUGGAAGCCCCUUGAGUUCUCCAACUCUUAUCUUGUUUAAACAAGGUCAUAGUCAAAGUGGAGGUUCUCUCCUCCCUUCAGAGAAAGGUACCUCCUUCUUUGAUGACCUGUACUUUCCACUGGGCUCUCACUUGUGGAGAUCUUUCAUUUAGGUCAUUUUUUUUCCCAAAGUGUCUUGGCUUUCCAUGCCUGAAAUACUCUCAUGGGCUUUUCAGCCAGAUCCAAAUGCCUUAAGGGCUGAUUCUGAGGCCAGAGUGCUGUUUAGGAAUACCAGGCAUUUAUGAGCUUAAAAAAAUCAGCCAAAAGAUGACAGGAUAUAAGGCAUGUGAAAUAUAUACAUGGUCUGAUACACAUGUGGAAUUAUUUUUUUAAGGAUUUAUUUAUUUAUUUGAAAAUCAGAGUUACACAGAGAGAGGAGAGGCAGAGAGAGAGAGAGAGAGAGAGAGAGAGAGAGAGAGAGGGAGAGAGGUCCUCCAUCCAAUGGUUCACUCCCCAAUUGGCCACAACGACCGAAGCUGUGCUGAUCCAAAGCCAGGAGCCUCUUCCCAUGUGGUUGCAGGGUCCCAAGGGCCUGGGCCGUCUUAUACUGCUUUCCCAGGCAGGCAGAGAGCUGGAUCGGAAGUGGAACAAGCCAGGUCUUGAACUGGUGCCAGUAUGGAAUGCCAGCACUGCAGGCCAGGGCAUUAACCUACUGUGCCACAGCGCUGGCCCCCACAUGUGGAAUUAUUAACACCAAUACUUUGAUGUCUAACUUGGUUGAUGCUAUGGGAAUCUCUCAGGAUGGUGAAGGGAAUGGCAAUGUUCUGUUAAAAUCACUAGCAUUCUUGUGCAGUCUCGGCUCCUUUCCAUGUUGCUGGUGUUUGUUAAGUGCACAGCCCUGUGGCAAAAGGAGGAGAGAAUUUUUUAAGGAGUUGUCAGCCCACAUUCGGUGCUGGUUUAUGCAAGUUCCUGGAAGGAGUGUAUUCCAGGUGACAUAAAAAUGGUGGAGUUGCAGUCCAUGGUUUCCAUCGCACCCUGGCAUGUGUUCUGGCCAACUCGUUGGUGUGCGAGUCUGCCUGGCUUCCUGCUCAUUCUCCAUACUGUGGAGAAAAUGAAAGAGCCGGUUUAGAGAGACUCAGUGUUUUGGGAACUCCCAAUAUGCCAUCAUAUCCUGGCUGGACCAUGGUGGGAUUCUGCCCUGUCCUCCCUCCAGGGCCAUGGAGGCAUCUUAGCUGUUUCACUCUCCCCUGGGAGAGUGCUGGAGGACACCUGUUCUUCUGCCCCCCUCACCUGGCUUUCCUUAUACCUUUGUAUAUAGUUUGCCCUACCUGCAAUCCCAAGGCAAGUGAGGUUUUGGUUUAAAUAUUUGUUAUUGACUAUAAGCUUCAAAGACCUUGGAAAACCAAGUUGGGGUGCUAAAAAGACUCCAAAAUGGACCCAAUGAUCUGUUCAGCUUAAUCAUGCUAAUAUCUUGCAUGAAAGGUAGAUUUUUUUUUUUUUUUUUUUGUCUCAUAAGGUGGGUAAGUCACUACAACUAGCAAAAGCAGUUGCACCUUGCACAAGAUGUCUGUCUUGGUUCAGGCUGUAAUAGGAAAAGGCUGUAGACCGGGAGUGGCUUAGGAACGAUAGACAUGUGUUUUUCCUGGUUCUGAAGGCCGGAAGCCCAAGAGAUCAGGGAGCCAGCAUGAUGGAGUUCUGGUGAGGGCUCUCCUCCCACUGCACACUGCACGCUUAGUGUCUCCUCCCACCAGGAAAGAGAGAGCGAGCUCUCUGGGGUCCUUUUAUAAGGACACUGAUCCUGGUCAUGAAGGAGCUGCCUUCGUGGCCUCUCAGAGGCCCCACCUCCUUGUCCCAUCCCAUUGUGGGGAAGGAUCUUGACAUUUAAAUUCUUCCGAGUUAACAGAUUGCACCUCAGUCACCUGUCUAAAUUCACAGGAAUUGACUGACUUCUGUAGAGGAGAGAGAAAUGAGAAAACAUCUUAUUAACAUUGGGCAUAGGCCGGUGCCGCGGCUCACUAGGCUAAUCCUCCACCUGCAGCGCUGGUACCCCAGGUUCUAGUCCCAGUUGGGGUGCCGGAUUCUGUCCCAGUAGCUCCUCUUCCAGUCCAGCUCUCUGCUGUGGCCCAGGAGUGCAGUGGAGGAUGGCCCAAGUCCUUGGGCCCUGCACCUGCGUGGGAGACCAGGAGGAAGCACCUGGCUCCUGGCUUCGGAUUGGUGCAGCGCGCUGGCUGUGAUGGCCAUUUGGGGGUGAACCAACGGAAGGAAGACCUUUCUCUCUGUCUCUCUUUCUCUCACUGUCUAACUCUGCCUGUCAAAAAAAAAAAAAAAAAAAACAAAAACAAAAACAAAAAAAAAAAACACCCUACUGGGUAUAAUUGUUUUUCACAGAUUUGAAUAUUAUGUUUAAUCGAAAAGACUGAUUUUAAAAAUUGCAAACUGUUUCCCUUCACAUUUGCUAUUUCUUGCUGUUUUGUUUCUACAUAGAAAAGUAGCUUUGAUAGUAAGUAUGUUUAUAAAGUGCAUUUAAAUUAUUUUUUGAAUUUUAUUUUUUAUCUCUUUGAAAGACAGACAAAGGGAGAUAUGGAAAGAUAGGCAGAUCUUCCAUCCAUUGGUUCACUCCCCAAAUGCUCACAACAGCUGGAGCUGAACUAGGUGGAAGCCAGGAGCCGGGACUUCUGUGUGGAUCUCCCACUUGUAUGAUAGAGACCCAAGUAUCUGGGCUAUCACCCGCUGCCUCCCAGGUGGCACGUUAGCAGGAAACAGGAAUGGGAAGUGGAGCUGUGACUUGAACCCAGACACUCCUUUAUGGGAUGUGGACAUUUCAAGCAGAAUCUUAAUAGUUCCACCAGACGUUUGUCCCUAAAGCACAUUUGCCGUCUGUUGAUAUUCUGCUGCCCGCUUCGCCGUAGCAGGCUCAGUCUCCUUCCUCGCCAGUCUGUGCACUGCCUUACCGGGUUCUCAGCCACGCUGCUGUUUCACAUUUUGCUGUGUUCCCUGAAGCUGGUCUCUCUCUGUAGGACAACCAGAAAUUGAGGCUUCAGUUCAAUUUAAAUUACUGUCAGAUUGCGGAAAUGGGCCUGCUGUGUGCUCAGCAUCCCACAGGGAAGUGGAGGAGUGUCUGACAUGAGAGAUGAGCCGCUGCAGGCAGCUCACGAAGAAUGCGGCUGAAAGCAGGGGUGGCAUUGAAGGGAGGAUUGUUGCUGUGUCGGAUAACAGCGGGCUCCCAGGAACCCACUGUCGGCAACAGAUUGUCUCUGGGACUGGGAAGGCUUUGUUUAGGUUGGGGGCUUAUGUUUGACUGAAGAUCUGUUGUUAGCUUUGAAAAGGGUGACAUUUUACUAAGCAGACUUUGAAAUGUUUUUUAAAUGAGGAGUCUUUAAAAUGUUCAUGAGAAAUGUGUAUUUUGAAAAAACUAUGGUUUUCAAUUUUUUUUGCACCAAAAUAGCUUUUAAUUUCUGUUUUUCAUGCACUUUUUGACUAAGUCAUUGUCCUCCUUGACACCCUGUGGGAAGAGGGAUGUGGAGCCCUAUCUUGGCAAGGUCUUUCUCAAGUGCAUUGGUGAUUGACUACCUUCUUGGUGACAGAUCCCUUGGAAGGCAUUUCUAGCCUGUAAGGUUCUUGAAGGCCUUAGUGUAUCCUUUUAUUUUUCUCAUUUAUUCUUUCAUUCAUAUUCAUAUUGAUUAUCCCCUACACGCACACUGUGCUGGUAGUGAGAGAAGAAACACAAUCAAAAAUUAAAAAAAAUAAAAUAAAAUAAAAAAGAAACACAAUCAGCAAGCCAGACAAGAUUCUAUGACUUAUAGACCAAUGGUGGAGGCAAAUGUGAACAAGUGAUAACAGUGACAAGAAUGUAGCAGUGGAAAAAAACUUUGAAGGCGAGAGAAACGUGAUGCCAUCUGGGCAUUUAACCAAGGACUUUUUUUUUUCUUUAAGAUUUUAUUUAUUUCUUUGAAAGGCAGAGUUACAGAGAGAGAGGUAGAGACACAGAGAGAGAGAGAUCUUUCAUCUGCUGGUUCACUCCCCAAGUGGCUACUAUGGCCAGAGCUGGAUCAAGCCAAAACCAGGAGCCAGGAGCUUCAUCUGGGUCUCCUACAUGGACACAGGGGCCCCAGCACUUGCACCAUCUUCCACUACUUUUCCCAAGUUCAUUAGCAGGGAGCUGGAUCAGAAGGGGAGCAGCUGAGAUUCACAGUGGUGCCCGUAUGGAAUGAAAACAUCCAUAGGCUGUGUCUUAACCUGCUACACCACAACACCAGCCCCAACCAAGGACCUUACUCUUGUCAUGAAAGAAGAAGGAAGCCUUCUCGUUGGAAGUGAGAUCUGAAAGAAGGAAUGGUGUUAACCAGUUUAAAGAGGAGCAUAAGAGGGUUAUGACCAUGAGAAUAGCGUAUGCAGGGGCCCUGUGGCAGGGUAGAGUAUGCUGCUUUGGAGGCAGGGGUGACUGGUAGGUGGUGGACGGUGAGACUGGAGUGAUUGGCAGGAAGCAGAUUGUGCGCAGCCUGGAAGUCAUUGGGUCAUUUUCAGACUUAGGUCUUGAUCCCAAGAACAGUGGGGUAGGGGAUGGUGGGGGCAGCACUGUGACUUAGUAGGUUAAGCCUCUGCCUGCAGCGCUGGCAUCCCGUACGGGCACUGGUUAGUGUCCCAGCUGCUCCUCUUCUGGUCCAGCUCCCUGCUAAUGGCCUGGGAAAGCAACAGAAGAUGGCCCAAGUGCUUGGGCCCCUGCACCCAUGUGGGAGACCUGGAGGAAGUUCUUGGCUCCUGGCUUCAGAUCAGCCCAGCUUCAGCUGGUGGGGCCAUCUAGGGAGUGAACCGGUGGAAGCUCUUUUUCUUUGUCUCUUCCUCUCUCUCUCUCUCUGUAACUCUGUCUCUCAAAUAAAUAAAUAAUUCUUUAAAAAAAAAAAAAAGAGUAGGGAGUCAAUGGCAGGUAGGUGGAGGGUAUUAAGCAAAGGUGUGGUUUUGUUUAGAGAAAAUUCCUUUGACUGCUGAGUGGAGAAUGGAUCAGAGAAAGCCCAAGGCAGAUGUGUCUGGUGAGUAGAUGGCCACUUCACUUUCCUUAUGAGGGAUGAUGGUGUCCUGGACCAGGUCUCUUGCCUGGCUGGUCUCAGGUUGGCACUUAGGAAAUGUUUCCCUUUUAAGUCUGCAUUAGGGGAAUUGGGUUUUACUUUGACUCUCUCAGCUUUAUGCUGUCUGACCUGGUCUCUCCAUUGCUUCACUUCUCUGUGCCUCAGUUUUGACAUCUUUAAAAUAAUAUAGUUGGAUUCCAUCCUUUCCAGUGCCCAAAUUCCCUAAGUCUUUGGUGUUUUGGGUGCCAUGAGUUUUUCAGGUAGAUGAUCAAAAGGUAAAUAUGUUGGUUAAUUAUGAAAGAUCAGGGGCUGGCGUUGUGGCAUGGUGGGUUAAGCCACCACUUGUGAUACUGUCAUCCCAUAUCAGAGGGCCACUUUGAGUCCCAGUUGCUCCACUUUCAAUCCAGCUCCCUGCUAAUGUGAUUGGGAAGGCAGCAGAUGAUGGCCCAAGUCCCUGAGUCCCUGCCAUCUGUGAGGAUUCCUGCCAGUCCUGGAUGAAGGUCUGGGCUGCUGGUUUUGUCUUGGACCAGCCCCGAACAUUGUGGCCAUUUGGGGAGUGAACCAGUGAAUGCAAGAUCCAUCUCUCUCUCUCUCUCUCGUGUCUCUGUCGCUCCCUCCCUUUUUGUCACUCUGCUUUUCAAGUAAAUAUUUUAAAAACUAAGAGAUCAGUAUCUAAAGAAUAAUCUUGUUUCAGGUCCUUCUCACCAGCCCUUGACUGUUGAAAGGAGACACGUGCAGUUAGAGGACAGUACUGUGCACUUUCCCGGUUCACAUUAUGGCAAAUGGAAGACCAUUCUUUAAUUAGGAUGCCUUUUAAAAAUACACCAGCUGUGAUUCAUUAGGGAAACAAACCCCAAGCCUUCAUAGGAGUAGGAGUGAAAGCUGGGAUCCUAAUAAAGCAACAUGGGGUGCACAGCCUAAAUGAAGUGGAACAAGCUGGAGGAGGUUUUGCUGAGGGCCUGCCUUUGACUCUUGUGUCCUGUGAUUUGGGAACCCUUUGUCAGCGGUUGCAACAGCCACGCUCAGCUGCAGCCGCAAACGUCGUCCAGUGGAGGAGUGUUAAUGACAAUUUCAUUGACCUAAAAAGAUCGCAUAACAAGGUCGAGGGAAAGGCAAGAGAUGUAAUUAGCUGGUGAGCCUUGGUCAGCUGCCCACGACAGCCUGGCCCUGUGUGAAUCUGUAAGCAGAGGCACAUUUGGCAAGGAGGUUUCAGGAGGAUGGAAGGGGCAGCAUUCGGCCGUGGCUUCCUAGAGGAGUCACAGAUUAAAACAGGAGCAGUGCUGCUGACCUUCAGACUGUAAACAGACUGCUUUCUCUGUACCCUGUCACCCUGGAAAAUAGUCCCGAUAGAAGCUUUUGGUUUAGCUGUUGGGACAAGAGCAGGGAUUGGGGAGAGUAUUUCCCCACCCUCUUUAAAGGUGGGUUGGUGCUGGCUUAACAAUAGUGGUUCAGCGGGCGUGGAGGUGGGGGCUAUCACAUGGACAGGGUCUGGUUGGUUCUUGGGUCAUUUUCGGAGCUUUGUUGCCUGUCUCACACUUACAGGACAGCCUGCCCCUGUGGCCCGGUUCCACUCCUUUUCCCCUGGCCUUUGCCUCUGUACUGUUCUUGUUAAAUUCCCAAGUGGUGCAGUGGGUGAGGAGGGUCGGGGACUUACUCUUCCUUUUGCUCCCUUCAAGCUGAAAUUGAGAAUGAGUGUUUGCCUUUGUAUCACACUGGCCAGAGGAAACCCCCUUUUUAGCGCACUCUGUUUCUGUGUGUGGGUUUGGGGAUCCACUUGAGAACUGCUGUGUAUGAGUAUAGAUCAGUGGAAGCAGAGUGGCUGCUGCUUAGACAGGAGAUGUCCGUUAGAAGGUUCCAGUAACCUUAGGAAGAGAGAACGAAGGAAGGAUCCAAGGCACAGUCUCCAGAGUUUGUGGGGGGAGAGAAAGGGGUCAUUUGGGGCAGGAGAGUUGUGGCUGAUCCUAGUCCUCAGCAUGGCACUGCCAUAGUGCUCUCUUGUUCCCUGUGACACUUAGGCCUCGUCCCCGAGCCCUGUGUAAGUUGGUGACAGACUUAGGCUCCCUGUGGGAAGUGGAUCAUCUGUAGCCCCUUUCUGCAAAUGCAGCAAGGAGGAAAAUCCAGUCCUGAGCAGCCAUCAGAAGCCCCCUCUUCAGCCACUGCCCUAUUCCCUCCUCCAGGCUCAAGUCCCAUUGCUUUCUCCACUGGGCCACAGGUUUCCAUUGCACAGGUCACACAUGGGCAGGGUAGGUCUUAAAUGCAGAACCCUGGAGGAGCCCAUGUGCAUUUUGUCCCAAACCUGAAUGAUAGUGCUGGAUUACAAUUCCUAUCGGCCCUGAGCUUUCAAGACCAUCCGGGGCUAUCAGUUGGCUCCCACAAGGUGCCAUGACCCUUAAUAUUCCUCCGUGUGCCACCCCGCCUCCCACGGAAACUGAUGGCCACGGUCCCAGACAGAAGGCGCCAGAAGGGAAGGGACCACCCCGGAACUGACCACCACUUCCUCAGGGCACACUGGGGCUGGGCAUCUGCACAGCAGCCCCUCUGUCUGCAGGAUGAGCCUGGGAAACUGUCUCACAGGAAGUCAGACUGACACAGUGUCUUGUCCCCCAGCCAUGCGGAUGAGCACUGGGGUCUCGCUGAGCCAUGAGGCUCCCCUCCUUUCCCUGCAGCAGUUCCCUGGUGCUCAGUAGCCAUGAUCCAAGAGAAGCCAGAGUGUUGCCCUUCCUUCCCGCUGGCCACUGCCAGCUACUAAACAGGAAGUGACCUUGGCAUAUUGUUUGUCUCAUCCAUUAAGCUGAUCUUCUUUAUUUUAUUUUAUUUUUAUUUGAGAGGCAGAGAGGUAGGGCGAGGGGCAGAUAAGAGAGAAAGAGAAAAUAAGAGCAUCAUUAAGUGGUUUGUUUUCGGGGAAGUAAUGUGACAUAAUGAUGAAUGAUUCAAGGUUCUCAUUGAGAAUCUAAGAGCCAUUGCACAAAACUAAUCAUCAUGCAAAGGUACUUUGUGGGACUAUGUCACACACAAGAGCCCCCAAUAGAUUUACUAUUGCCCUCAUUCCCCAUAUGUAUCUAAUCAUCAUAGUCUGUUUUAUUUAGGAACUAUUUCUUUCUCCAUUGUUAUUUACAAAUUGAAAGUUAUAGUUGGAAUCUAUUUUUUAACAUUCAAUUUAUUUUAACUUAAAAACAAACAAACAAACAAACAAAAAAAAACCUUGCUCUGUUGUAUAUAUAGCAACCUGAUAAGAGGAUCUGGGUUUCAAUGCAGAGCUGUGGUGUUGUGUUCUGUUUAAACAUGUGCAGGAAUAUGAGUGAAUUAUCUCAGGCCAGUACUCAGAUUAUCUCUGAAGGGAAGACACAGGGAUGUAAGGGUGGGCUUUUCAUAGUAUGCCAUCUUGUCUUUUGAAAUUUUUUUAUCCCAUGUACAUUUAUUGCAAAUAAAAGCAUGUAAGAAAAAGAGAGAAGGAGAGAGCUCCUAGUUGCAGGUUGAAUCUCCAGAUGCCCACAGUGGCUAGGGGUGGUGGGGAAAGCCAAAGUCAGGGAGCCAGGAGCCAAGAAUUCAGUCCCAGUCUCACACAGGAGUGGCAGGGACUCAAUCACCUGAGCUGUCACUGCUGCCUCCCAGUGGCUGCGCUAGCAGGAAGCUGGAGUCAGGAGCUGGAGCCAGGUAGCAAACCCAGGCAGGGUGUGGGGCUUGGGCACCUUAACUGGUGUCAAACACUUGCCCCAGGCUGAACCUUUUAAAAACGUAAAUCACGUCACAUUACACCCCUUAGUCAGAAACUCCGGUGACUUCAAGGGGGCGUCUGUGACAUCUAUAAAUUUGGAUUGGAAAAACAUUACAUCUUUCUUUUCACUGCCUUCCACUUGAAAUGUUUCUUUAACUGAGGACAACAAACCACAGCACUAUCAGCAGUGACCUGUGACUUUGUCACCAAAAGAACACGUUGGUACUUUCUUUUCACAUUGCACUGCUUGCAGUUUUCUGUCUCCAUGUCCACGCUUAAUCAUGAUGAAUCCUGCCACCAGAUCUGUUAUUUAAAGCAUGAACAAAGAAACCAUAGGAUUUUUUAGAAAAUAUUUUGAUAACUAUAUUUCUUUUUUUUAUAAAUAUUUUAUUUAUUAUUUCAGAGGCAGUUACAGGCUGAGAGAGGGAAAGGCAGAGAGAGAGGUCUUCCAUCCGCUGGUUCACUCCCCAGAUGGCCUCUAUGGUUGGAACUGAGCCAAUCCGAAGCCAGGAACCAGUAGCUUCCUCCAGGUCUCCUAUGUGGGCGCAGGGGCCCAAGCACUUGGGCCAUCUUCUGCUGCUUUCCCAGGCCAUAACAGAGAGCUGGAUUGGAAGAAGAACAGCCGGGACUCCAACCAGUGCCCAUAUGGCAUUCUGGUGCUACAGGCGGAGGCUUAGCCCACUACGCCACAGUCCUGGCCCCACUGUAUUUCUUUCAUGGGCUCCCAUAAUUGGAUGUAUACCAAGGCAGGAUGGUGAGAAGGGUGUGGGGGGUAGUGUGCCCUGGGUCCAAACAAAAAGGUGAUGCAUUGGCUAAGGAAUGUAGGAAUAAUAAUAAAGUCAGCUUAAAGUCAGCCCUGCUUUCUAUUUGUCAUGCUAAGCUGGUAACUCUAAACAGUGUCCUUGGUAAAACCACUCCCUGCCAAGAAAAACCGUUUCCAUCACCUCCCUAUCCCCAUAUCCCUACUGCGUUUUAUUUAUUUAUUAUUUGUAUUUGAAAACACUUUGUGGGGCUGGUGUCAUAUUGCAGCUGGUUAAGCUUCUGCUUGCAAUUCCUGCAUCCCAUAUCUGAGUGCUGGUUCAAGUCCAGCCGUUCUGCUUCUGAUCCAGCUUCCUGCUAGCAUGCCUGAGAAGGCAGCAGAUGAUGGUCCAAGUACCUGGGGUCCUGCCAUCCCUGUGGGAGAACUGGAUGACGUUCCUGGUUCCUGGCUUCAGCCUGGCACAGCCCCAGUUGUUGUGAGCAUUUGGGAAGUAAACCAGCAGAUAGAAGAUCCAUCUCUCUCUCUCUCUUUCUCUAUCUCCCUCUUCCCUCUUCCCUCUUCCUCUUCCUCUUUCUAUGUCACUCUUACGUUCAACUAAAUCAAUAUAUCUUAAAAAAGAAAACAUUUUAUAGGGCAAAUGUUUGGCAAAGCAUGUAAGACUCCACAUGGGACUCCUGCAUUCCAUAGUAGAGUGUCUAGGUUUGAGUCCCAACUCAGCUUCUAAUUCUGGUUUCCUGCUAAUGCACACUCUGGGAGGCAGCAGCUGAUGGCUCAAAUACUUGAGUCACUGCCUCCCACAUGGGAGACCUGGAUUGAGUUCCAGACUUCUGGCUUCAUCUUAGUCCAUCCCUGGCUGUUACAAGCAUUUUGAGAGUGAGCCACUGGGUCAGAGUUCCCUGUGUCUUUGUUUCUGUCUCUCUGUCUAUGUAUCUUUCAAAUAAAUAAGAUAAAGUAAAAUAAAAUAACAUUUCAUAAUGUUAUUUCAUAGGCUUCAGAUCCAAGAAGUCAGUGGUAUACAGUCCAUUAAGAAUCCCUGACUUAGGGGCUGGCAUUGUGGCAUAGCCAGUAAAGCCAUAUGGGUGCUGGUUCAAGUCCUGGCUGCUCCACUUCUGAUCGAGCUCCCUGCUGAUGUGCCUGGGAAAGCAGUGGAGGAUGACCCAAGUGCUUGGGCCCCUGUACCCACAUGAGAGACCAGGAAGCAGCUCCUGGCUCCUGGCUUCAGCCUGGCCUAGCCCUAGCCAUUGUGACUAUUUGGAGAGUAAACCAGUGGUUGGAAGAUUCUUUAAUCUCUCUCUCUCUCAUUUAACUCUGACCUUCAAAUAAAUAAACAAAUUUAAAAAGAAAAAGAAUCUGAGAAUAGAUGUAGAUCCACUUCUUGGGCCUGUGGAGCUGUGUAUCUCCGGUUCCUAUUCACCUGACAACUCUUAGUAAACCAGAACUUUCUGAUGCCACUCAGACAUGCUGGGUUCAUUCUUGUCUCUCUCCUUCCUGUAGAUCUGGCUUCCAUCUUGCUCUGAUCUCAGCUUUAAAUAUCACCUCCUUGCAGAGGCCUUGCCUGAAAACCCAUUCUGACCAACCCUCUAGGCAAGUGCUUCCUGCAGGCAGUUGGCUGUCAUUCUUGUUGACACUCUCUCCUCCCCAGAAGGCAAAUCCACAAGCACAGACAGGGACUCUGAAUUGCAAUCCCUAGCACUUGACAGGAACUGGCAGGAGCUGGGCUUGCUUUUCUUGAACCUUCCAUAAUAGCAACCAGUUGAUAGUAUGUAUAUUUAAAUCACUAUACUUAAAACCAUUCGUUUUUCCUUCAAAACCUGCACAAAUGUAUCCAACUAUGAAAAUGCAUGUAGAGGAGCUGGCAUUUGUCCCGGUGGUAAAGACACCCACAUCCCAUGUUGGAGCGUCUGGGUCUGAUACCGAGCUCUGUUCCCAAUUCCAGCCUCCUGCUUAUACGAGCCCAUGGGUGGCAGCAAUGAUGGCUCAAGUGACUGGGUUCCUGCCACCCACUCUUAGAGUCUUGGAGUGAGUUCCUAGGACUCAGCUUCAAGCCCCAAAUACCUGUUCUUGCCAUUGUAGAUGUCUGGGGAGUAAAUCAGCAGAUGAAGUGUCUCUCUCUCUCUCUCUGCCAAAUAAAUAAAUAUUUAAAAAUGCAAAUAAAUACAAGUGGGUAAUGUAACUAUGACAGUGAAGGAAAGAAGAAACUUUUUUUCCAUUCUGAUUUACAGGUUAGAGAAGGGCAUCAGGUUCCACCUCCCCCCUCUCCCCCACAUUGUAUCUGUUUGGAGAGAGCAGUGGAAAUCCUACCUCACCAAGCUUUACACAGCAAGGAUGCUUUGUAGCUCACAGAUGAAGAGGUGGAGUAAAAGGUAGUUGGUUCCUGAUGAGCUGACUGAGCUACUCAGCCCUCACCAAGCUCAGGCCCCUUCUAUAUCCCUCAAAUCUCCAUCCUCUCAGCUGAUAUCCCUGCUGGUUGCAAGAAGCCUGCCAGUGACUCCUGGGGUAUUUCCAUUUUCUAAAAACUAAGUCCUUCCUUUCAGUGAGAUUGUAUGUGUUUGGUUACACGCUCACCCCUGGACCAAUAAUAGCCUCAGGAGAUGCUAUUGGCAUGCAGAUGGAUUCAGACAAUGGAUGGGGAAGAAGGAGAAGUGAGUGCCUGCAGAAAACAAGGGUUUUGUAAGAAGGAAGAAGGGGAAUAGAUGAUAGGAAGUCAAACCACACUGGGCACUGUAGGUAUGGUUUGUUUUCAAAUCAAAUUUCCCUUUUAUUUUUCGUGUGGAUGAAUAACCACUUAGAGAAUGACUUCUGAUGGAAACAGUUCCAGUCUUCUUAUUUUUCACAUAUGUGGGGCAUUUUUUCUUUUAGGAAACAUUUUUUAUGUAAAGUAUUGCCUUAUCUUGGCCUUUUUAUCAGUCAUGUGAUCUGGAGGCUGAAGAAAUAUGGCCCAUGGCUGCAGACUCAAAGGCUUAUACGACAGGCUAUGGUCUCCAUAGUUGGUUUUAAAGGGAGAGUGUGAGCCAGAAGUUUGGAAAACUCUAAUAUAAAUUUUCAACAAAAAUAACAUUGCUUAGACCUUACUUAGAUUAUAAAGAGCAAGUUGAUGGAUCUUCGGAGGCAGAGCAAAGCCUCUAUCCGAGCUCUGGAAAGCCUCUAGAUUUUUUUUUUUAAGUCCAAUUUUAGCAGAAGUGUCAGCUACUGUCUUGAUGGAUUCUGUAAAAUUUUAAAAGCAGAAGUGAGCAUUUAGCUAAGCACUUAAGACACUCACAUCCCACAUAAGAGUACUUGCGUUUGAUCUCUUUGUUUUAAAUAAAGAUUUAUUUAUUUGCUUUAAAGGCAGAGUUACAGAGAGGCAGAGAGAGAAGGGGGGGGGGUGUCUUCCAUCCACUGGUUCACUCCCCAAAUGGCCACAACCAUUGGAGCUAUGCCAAUCCGAAGCCAGAGCCUGGAGCUUCUUCCAGGUCACCCACAUGGGUGCAGAGGCCCAAGGACUUGGACCAGCUUCUACUGCUUUCCCAGGCCAUGGAUUGGAAGUGGAGCAGGCAGGAAUCGAACCAACGCCCAUAUAGGAUGAUGGCACCACAGGCGGUAGCUUUACCCACUAUGCCACAGCACUGGGUCUGAUUUCUUUUCUUUCUUUUUUUUUUUUUUAUUUUAAUUUUAUUCACUUGAAAAGCAGUGCUACAGAGAGAGAGAGGAAGAGACAGAGAAGGAGAGAGAAAGAGAGUGAGCGAGCUUCCAUCCUCUGGUUCACUCCCCAAAUAACUGCCAUGGGUUAGGUCUGGGAAAGGCCAAAGCCGGGGGCCUGAAACUCUAUCUGGGUCUCCCACAUGGAUGGCAGGGACCCAAGCACUUGGAACAUCUUCUGCUGAUUUCCCAGGCCCAUUAAGAGAAAGCUGGAUCAGAAGUGGAGCAUCCGAGACUCAAACCUGUGAUCAUGUGGGAUGCCAGUGCUGCAGGUGGUGGCUUAACCCACUGCACUACAAUGCCAGUCCCUUGGGUUUGAUUUCUGACUUUGGCUCCUGACACCAACUUCCUGCUAACAUGGACCCUGAGAGGAAGAAAUGAUGGUUGAAGUAGUUGGGCCCCUGCCACCCACAUGGGAGACUUGGACUGAGUUCCCAGCUUCUGGCUUUGGCUUGACCUAGCCCUAACUAUUGCAGGCAUUUGGGGAAUAAACCAGCAAAUGGAAGCUCUCUGUCUCUCUCUGCCUCUCAAACAAAUAAAUAUAAAUUAGAUAUACAUCUAGAGAAAAAAUAAAAGACGUCUCAAUAUGGAAUAGCAUUUUGUCUACUUUGGAGAAAUUAUAAAUCCAUCUGCAUGCCAAUAGCAUCUCCUGAGGCUAUCAUACAAGGCAAUGAAGUGAUUUUGAAAGGGCUAGAAAGAGCUACCUGUUCUUGUGCAGCAGGGAAAGUAGCUCCCUGGGGGUGGGGGCAGAGGAUGGGGGUUGGGACAUGAUGUGACGGUGUGAGGAGGAGGAGGAGCCCAAAGAGACUCCUGGUCUGUAAAACCUUGUCUGUAAAGAAGUGUCUUCCUGAAUCAGUCAUAAAUUCAAUUAUAGGUAGUAAAACAAUGCCAACAACAAGCAGAGAAUGGAAUUUCAGUAUUAGAUUCAGCAUGCAGAAUGCUUUGGUUGUAGGGCUGGUGUUGUGGCACAGCGAGUUAAGCUGUGCAUCCCAUAUCAGAGCUCCGAUUUGAAUCUCAGAAUCUAACAUUCUUGAUAAUGUUCCUGGGAAGGCAGUAGAUCAAGGACUCGGGCCUCUGACACCCACUUGCAAAACAUGGUUGGAAUUCUAGGCUCCUGGCUUUGACCUGGCUCAGCCCCAGCUGUCACAGCCAUUUGGGGAAUGAACCAGCAGAUGGAAGAUUGAUCUCUAUCUCUUCUUCUUUGUCUCCCCCACUCUCUGUGUAACUCUGCCUUUCAAAUAAAUAAGUAAAUCUUUUUCUUUUCAAAAGUAGAAUCUUUUGGUCCCAUGUUGAUUGUUAAGGCUCUGGGGAAAAGGCCUAAAGACAGAGGCUAGAAUUCCUGAAAAUAUUGCCAUUGACCUCCCAGAUGGAGAUUAUUUCUUUUCUUUUCCCUGAGCGGUGUGUGUUUGAUGUGACUUGAGGCUCUUCCAUGAUGCUGCCUCUCAGGAUUGACUGACUGUGGUCUCAGGUCUUCCAGCCCCCAGAAGGCAUCUCCAAACGACACAGGGCCAGGCCUCAGCCUCUACAGUCUUCUUCAGUCCCCUUUCUCUCUCUCACUCUCUCUCUCUUGCUCUCGCUCUUACUCUCUCCUCAGCAGUGAGAUGAAUCUGAACCUCCUGAACGUAGCCCUUUUUCACCUACUGGUCUCUCUGCCUGGGAUCUUCUUUCCACUCCUUUAUCCUCACCUUUGCCUGACUGCCCUUCAGAGCUCAGCUUUCCCGAUAACUUCCACCGGGAAACCUUGCCCGACCCACAAACAGCUGGCCCUCUGGAGGCUUGCGUCAGAGCCUGUGUGAGUGCCUGCAGUGCUGCAUUGCUCUCGUUGGGUAGUAUGUGCUCCCCAAACACUAAACAAAGAGAAGGGAAUAAGGAGGGUUCAUGAUGUGUGAAAGAAGGUCUGCACAUUUUAAAACAUUCAUUGAUUUCCCUUCGUAACAUCUAACAAAACAAUCCAUACUACGAUUUUUAAAAAGACAUUUUAAAAAAAUUUAUUUGAACAACAGAGUUAUAGUGAGAGGGGGAGAGGCAGAGAGAGAGAGAGAGAGCAAGAGAGCGAGCGAGCGAGCUUCCAUUUGCUGAUUCACUCCCCAAAUAGCCACAAUGACCAGAGGCUGGGCCAGGCCAAAACCAGGACCUAGGAACUCCAUCCUGGUCUCCCACGUGGGUGGCAGGGGCCCAAGUACUUGGGCCAUCUUCCCCUGCUUUCCCAGGAAUCCAGAUUGGAAGUGGAGCAGCCAGAUCUCCAGGACUGGACCUGGAACUCAUAUGAGAUGCCAUAGUUACACCCAUGGCUUAACCUGCUGCCCUACAACUCUGGUCUCUCCAUAAUACAGUUUUAGCAAGAAACACUGACUAGCAAGGUAGCUGAGUUAUAUUUUUAAGGAUGGACAAUCAUGCACAAUAAGUAGACAUGUUUGCCCACAGCUGGUUAACUUGCUACCCUGCCCUGAAUUUUCCUUUGAGCACACUGUGUUAUCUGCUCUGUUACCUCCUCACACAGGCACUAGCAGAGUGUGCUGAAUUGGAAAAAUAUAAGCAAGGCAUUUCAUCAUGUAUACAGAUUUCCAUCUUUGGAUCAAAUGCAAUGUUUAAACUCUGCUACUCCUGGGAGGUCUUAUUUCCUUGAACGUAAAACCUCUUGGACUUCAACUACAGAUUCCCAAGGAAAGCACUUUGUGGCUAUUCUUAGCCUUGCUCUCCCUGCUUGAACGCGAUGCAUGCCCUGUGCAUCCACGAGCAGCCAGGCCUCCUCUUUGGGAAGUAAUAAUUCUCAUGAGUCAAGGGAAUGAUUGAGGGAAUCAAGUGGAUGUGUCAGAUCAGGGUUUAAUGAAUCAGCCGACCCAGCCCAGAGCUGGGUUGAUCACUAACUGCAUAUUUCACAUUUUUUCCUCCAAGCUGACUACUGAGAAUGGCAUAUUAUACAAGUAGAUGUUUUGCAGCAUGGGAACCAACUUGAGACAAUUUUGUAGUAUUUUUUCCUUUACUCCCUUGAAACAAAAGAGAGCUUGCCAUGAUUUGGGUCUGUAGAAGAAAUGAGGAAGGACCCAGUUCUGUAGCUUUCUGCUGAUGAAUUUGAGAAAACAGCCAUCUGAGCAGCAGUGUUGGUCUUGGUGACUGCAUGUGUGUAAAACUCCGGGGGUGAUGUCAGCAAGCAGAGAGCCAGGCAGACUGCCAAGCUGUGUGUGUGGGGGCUGGUAUGAUGGGCAUCAGGUCACUGGUGCUCAGUGUGGGGUCUCCAGAGGUCCCCUUCAGUCUGCUUCCUGACUCUGAUUCAACCCAAAGAAACUAUAAGAGGGAGAACCAGGAGAAAGUACAUAGUCUGAUUCUGCUUCCGCUCAGAUAACCUCACUCCAGAGAUCAAGAGAUCAAAGGACUAUGAAUAAAGAAUUAGAACACUGAUGGGUUGCAGGGCCCUAGGAGACCCAUCAUGGAGGAUGCACAGCUGAGGGGUCCUUGUGAUCUUUGGUGAUCUUUGCUGGAGUGAGUGACCCACAUCUCUGCCCUGGGGUGGACUUUCCCUGCCCAAGGAGGAGCUCUUGCAAAGGCCAGCACUGGGAAAUAUUGGAGCAGGAGCAGCAGGAGUCAGAUGCGUGGGGGAUACCUGAGUCGCCUGAGGGUCAAGAUCCUCAAGACUAAACUCUACCUAUCACCUCUGAAGUCUUCUAACCUAGUUAUGAUGUGACUCAGUUUGCCUAACAUUAAUCCAGAAUCUUAGUAAAUAAUGUUUCAUAGAUAAUGACAGAUAGACUUAUGCUGACUUAAUGUAGACACACAAAGAGACACAAUCUGAAAAUGACUUUUUAAAUGAUUUUUUAAAGAUUUAUUUAUUUGAAAGGCAGAGUUACACAGAGGCAGAGGCAGAGAGAGAGAGUCUCUACUGUUUCACUUCCAAUCUAGCUCCCUGUUAAUGUAUCAGGGAAAAUAGUGGAAUAUUCCCCAAGUCCUUGAACCCUGCACCCAUGUGGGAGACCCAGGAGCUCCUGGCUUUGGCCUGGCCUAGCUCUGGCCCUUGUGGCCAUUUGUGGAGUGAACCAGCAGAGGAUUCUCCCUCUCCCUCUCCCUCUCCCUCUCCCUUUCCUUCUCCCUCUCUCCCUUUGGAAAGCUACUGCUUGCAACACUGGCAUCCCAUAUAGGCACAGUUCAUGUACUGCCUGCUCCACUUCCAAUCCAGGUACUUGCUAAUGGCCUGGAAAAAGCAGUGGAAUAUGGCCUGUGUUUGGACCCCUGUCAUCCAUAUGAUUAUCCAUAUGAUUCCAUGUGAUUCACUACCCAGAUGAGUCUCCUGGCUCUUGGCUUUGGCCUGACCCAGUCCUGACCAUUGCAACCAUCAGGGGAGUGAACAGCAGAUGGAAGAUCUCUGUCUCUUUCUCUCUCUCUCCGUCUUUCUCUGUAACUCUUUCUAAUAAAUGAAUAAAUCUUUAAAAUAAUUAAAUAAUAAGAGUUAAUACUGUAAAGUGAUGAGCACAAGACGUGGCAUAAGAUAAGCUCUAUGCAAUGCUCGAUAAUAAUAACAGGGGCAGAUGUUUGGUGCAGUAAUUAAGAUGCCACUUGGGAUACUCACCUUCCAUUUCAGAAAGCUGGGUUUAAGUCCUCCUCUGCUUCUGACUCCAGCCUCCUGCUAAUGUGCACCUGGCAGGCAGCAGGAGAUCCAGACUGAGUCCCAGACUCCUGGCCCAGCCCUGACUGUUUCAGCCAUCUGGGAAUUGGACUAGCAAAUGAAAGAUCUCUUUGUCUGUCUCGCUAUUCCUUUCAAAUAUAAAUAUAAAUUUUUUGUUUAAAAAAAUAAUAAAAAUCUAGAGUUUGAGUCUCCUCAAGGACCUGGAGUGUGUGUUUAAUUGGUCUUCCUCCAGCUGAUUCAUACAGUGCCAGCAGACAAGAGGAGAUUUCCAAAUGUUUGUAGAAGGGUGGGCAUACCAGGUUAACCUGCUGCUUGAGAUGCCUGCAUCAUGUAUUGAAAUGCUGGUUCUAGUCUGGGCUACUCUGCUUCUGAUCCAGCUUCCUGCUAAUGCAUCCUAGUGCUUGGGUUAACCACCCAUGUGGGAGACCCAGAUGGAUUUUCUGGCUCCUGGCUUCAGGGGACCAGGCCCCAGCUAUUGCAGGCAUUUAUAAAGUGAACAAUGGAUGGAAGAGCCUCUCUCUCUCUAUCGUUCUUGCUCUCUCUCUUGUUCUCACUCUCUCUCCCUCUUUCUGUCUAUCUCAAUCUCUGUCACUCUGCCUUUGAAGUACAUGAAAUUAAAUACACAAAACAUUUUUUGGAAGUCCAUGUAAAAUGGAAUUAAACAAAUUUAUUUUGGUGCAAAAGAUUUUGGAAUCCAUGCAUAGUUUUCCAUAAUAUGAAUUUUUGAAUACCCUAUAUAUACAUGGAUUCCAAAAUUUUUUUGCAGCAGAAUAAACUUAUCUUUUAAUCUCAUUUUCCUGAAUUUUUUCAAGCCUAUAGGCACUAUGCACAUAGUUGUCAAAUAAAUACAUGUGGCAAUUGGGUUUUCUGAUGAUUUUUCACUGUACCAUAAAUUCAACAGACAUGAGAUGUCUUUGUUUCUUAAGCAUGAAGGGAAAAAAGCCUCCUCAUUUCAUGCUCUCAUAGUGAGAUGCAUAAAAAAAUUUUCAAGUGCAACUGUUUCAUCAGAUGGGACAGCCAUUAUUUAUAGAAAUUCCUGGAACCACAGUACCUUAUGCCUACAGGUGAUGGAUGAAGGGGGAACCAUCAGUAAAGAAACAAAUAGGACUGAGAAACAGUGUCACUCAGUCUCUGGCAUUAGAUUCCCUGGGGAAAGGGGGUGCAGGAAGCAUGGCUUAAAAACCAGAAAUGCAUAGAGCUGCUUAGCUUUGGAUCUUGCACCAAAAUUGAUCAGACCUAGGGCAUAGGGACCAUGUUUUCCAAAAGAUGUCUUUUUCCAAAGAUGUGUUUUCCAAAAGGGUCUUUCAAUUAUCAAUCCCAGCCAGAGUGGAAGGCAGCCCUCGGAGGGGGGAACAAGAGGACAUGAAUACAGUGUUGUAUUUUUAGAAUACAUUGUUCUCUGAAUUCUAGAAAUGGUCAACCGGGCCGAAAAUGUGUUUUCAGAGACAAGCAUUGUGCUGCUUCAAGACUGGUAUCUAGAAAUAGCAGACAGUGUGUUUUCUAUGGUAAUUCCAUUCCUUGUUGUCUCCCCCAGAGGUGAGGGGGACCUUCUAUUUCAGGCAGCUAGAGCUGGUACAGCAUCAUCUUUCAGGCAACCGGAUGUAAGCAUUACAGCGAGAGGGAAGUGUGACAUCAGAGUGAGAACUUUUUAGUUGAGAUCCGUGUGCACAAGUAGUAAAAGCAGCUAACAUUUAUUGAGUUUUACUGUGUGAACUUCACAAGUAUUUUCUCCUUUAAUCCUUUUCACGAUACCAAGAUGUUGCUGCUGUCAUUGCCUCCAGUUAUUUAUUUAUUUUUUUGACAGGCAGAGUUAGACAGUGAGAGAGAGACAGAGAAAAGGUCUUCCUUCCAUUGGUUCACCCCCAAAAUGGUCACUAUGGCCGGUGCACUGCACCAAUCUGAAGCCAGGAGCCAGGUACUUCCUCCUGGUCUCCCAUGUGGGUGCAAGGCCCAAGGACUUGGGCCAUCCUCCACUGCACUCCAGGGCAACAGCAAAGAGCUGGACUGGAAGAGGAACAACCAGGACAGAAUCUGGCACCCCAAAUGGGACUAGAACACAGGGUGCUGGCGCCGCAGGCGAAAGAUUAGCCACGUGAGCCGUGGCGCCGACCUGUUUGUUUGUUUGUUUAUUUAUUUUCCAUGAUUUAUUUGUCUAUAGGAAAGGCUAAGUGACAGGGUAACAGAGGGAGAGAGAUCUUCCAUUAGCUGGUGCGUUGCCCAAAUGGCCACAAUGGCUGGGGCUGGUCUAGGACAAACCAGGAGCCAGGAGCUUCAUCCUGGUCUUCCACGUGGGAAGCUGGGGCCCAAGCACUUGGGCCAGCCUUUGUUGCCUCCUAGGUACAUUAGUAGGAAGCUAGAUUGGAAAUGGAGCAAUUGGGACUUGAACUGGUGCUCCAGUACAUGAUGCCAGCAUUGCAGAUGGCUGCUUAACCUACCUUGCCACAACUCCAGCCUCCCUCUCCCAAUUUUACAGAUGAAAUGAAUGAGGCUGAGAGAGGUGAAGAAAUUGAUCAAGGCCAUAAGUCUAUACUGCUGAAUAAAUUCAGGGACCAUGACUAAACCAUAAUGCAUAUAAAUUUGCUUGGGGCAACCUCCUUGAACAUAAGUUAUUUGUACUUUAAAGAAACCAGAGUUCCACCUUUUUAUGCACCCUUGUAAAGAAGAAUUAUGUAAGCUCCCGGUGAGAGAGUUUCUGAUUCCGUAGGUACAGGGUGUGUAGGUGCUAUUUUGUGAUCCCCAGGAAUAUGCAGAACAAUGUGUAGGUGCUAUUUUGUGAUCCCCAGGAAUAUGCAGAACAAUGUCGCUGCAUAAAAGGCCGGCUCUUGUGUUAGUAAGAGCUGAAGGAGGCUUGAUUCAUUGCAAUUAAAAUAAAAAUAUAGCUUUUUUUAAGUGGUCUUACCUAAUAAAGAACUGGAUACCUGCUGAAAAUAAUCAGUGUUCAGUUCAGCCUUUUAUAAAAAGCCACUGGUACAUCAAGCAUGUUAAGAUGUCUUAGUGGGAGGGUUGAGUGAGAUCGUUCAGCUGUGUACACGUAGGUGUGCGUUCUCUACCAGGCCACCCUCCAAAUAACCAUUAUGACAUGAUAAUAACAACCACCUUUUGUAGAGCUCCUGUAUUUUUCAGGAGUAGUACCAGGCCUCUCUAUGUAAAGGUUAUCAUCAUCUAAAUCUCCAAAAGAAAAGCCUUGUAAGGGGAAUGGUGUUGUAGGCAUUGGACAGUUAGGGAAACUGAGACUCUGAGGAGUCUCCCAUCCACUGGCUCGCUCUCCAAAUGGUUGCAUCGGCCAGAGCUGGACCAGAAGACACCAGGAACUGGAGACUGAAGCCAGGUCUCCCGUGUGAGUGGCAGGAACCCAAUUACAUCAGCUGUCACUGCUGCCUUCCAGGGUCUGGAUUAGCAGGAAGCUGGAGUCAGGAACAGAGCCAGGUAUCAAACCCAGGUACUCCAACCCAGGACAUGGGUAUCCUAACUGGCAGUUUAACCACUCGACCAAAUGUCCAACCUCAAAUACUUUAUUCUUUUUUAACUGUAGAAGUUUCAAGUAUAUACAACAUUUACAAGAUUUGUACAAUGAAGCGCCACGUCCUGGUCACCCAACCUUAACAGUCACGCUAGUUUACCUUUCUUCCUUUUACUUAUUUCCUAUCAACAUACAGUUUUCGUGGUGGUGGCAUUUUAAAGCAAAUCCCAGAUAUCCUGUCAUUUAAUCCAUAAAUGGAACCCAAAACAUCACAACAUGAACAUGUUUUGCUUUGAAGAUACUUCCUACUCAGCUUCCUACGGAGCCCUGGCUUUGCUCCACUGUGCACCUUCCCCAAGUUCAUGGCACUCGUCAUGAUUAUGAUGUCAUCGUCUCUUAUGUGAUGGCUUCCCAUGCCUCCUAAGCUCCUCCAGGGCAGGAGCUGUGCUGUCCUUCUCCUGCCUCAAACCUGCAACACAGAGCCCUGCACUCUGUACUGAGUGUCUGUGGCCCAACCACUAUUUCUAAAAUCAAGGGCAAGUGUACUUGAUUCUCAUUUUUAAAAAAUUGAGAGUUCACUCUUUUCAAGCAAUACCAGGAAAAUAAGAGAAUCUUUGGCACAGUGGGUUGAACCACUGCUGUGGUGUCACCGACAUCCCUUAUUGGAGUGCUGGUUCAGUUCCCACCUACUAUGCUCAUUCUCCUGCAAAUGCUCCUGGGAAGGCAGCAGAGGAUGCCCCAAGUGCUUGGGUCCCGGCCAUCCAUGUAGGAAACUGGGUGGCAGCUGCUGGCUCCUGGCUUCAGCUUGGACCAGCCCUGGCUGUUGUGGCCAUUUGAGGAGUGAACCAGCAGAUGGAAGAUCUAUCUCUCCCUCUGCCUGUCAUUUUGUCUUUCAAACAAAUAAACCUUGAAAGAAAAAGGAGAAAAAGGAGGAAGUGUAGGGGCAGCUGCUACAUGGCAAGCUCUGUGCUGGACACCAGGGCAGCGAGGGUGACUGACGGGUGGUGGAGGCCACUGUGCAGUUGUAGCUUCGGUGCCGGAUGAUGGUGUUGUGCCAGGUGCCUUUACUCACCUUUUGUCACUCACCAAACGGUCUGGCUGUCAUUCUGCAGGCAGUGAAGGUUUGGGAAGAAGGAUGCGGUCUCCCUGGAACAGUCUUUUAAAGAAGGUCAAGGCCUGGGAGAGUUGUGUAGUGAAGUCAGGACGUGGUGGCUGAUAAAUCAGUUAGGAAGUCAGGACAAUCUCCCGGCAAAGUCAUGUGCUCACGAUGCAGCUUUCAACAUGAAAAUGCAUAUUGUCCUCUCUCACUGCAGGCAGACAGCGAAAACACAAAAACAACCCUGGGUUUGGGAAUAAUGCUGUAGGACGUGUUUCAGUUUAGGCACCAAACAGACGCAGGGGCCCAACUGUGGUUGUUUUGGUUUUUUUUUUUUGUUUGUUUGUUUUUUUUUUUUGGUCUCAUUGCUGGUGAGUCUGGACUGUGCAUGACUUCUCCCCUUAAUUCAGAUGAAGACAUGGAGGCAAAGAUGAUGUAUUAGUUAUCUGUAACAUUACCACAAAUUCAGAGUCUUAACACACUGUGGCGCAGCGGGUUAAAGCCCUGGCCUACAAUGCCAGCAUCCCAUUUGGGUGCCAGUUCGAGUCCUGGCUGCUCCAUUUCCUAUCCAUCUCCCUGCUAAUGCACCUGGGAAAGCAGUGGAGGAUGGCCCAAAUGCUUGGACUGCUGUGCCCAUGUGGAAAACCUCAAAGAAGCUCCUGGCUCCUGGCUUUGGAUUGGCUCAGCUCUGACUGUUGUGGCCAUUUGGGGAGUGAAACAGCAGAUGAAGACCUAUCCCUCUCUCUGUCUCUACCUCUCUCUGUAGCUCUGUCUUUCAAGUAAGUAAAAUAAGUCAUUUUAAAAGAUCAGACACAUUGAUGACAGUAUUGUUUUUGAGGUUUAAGAGCCCAGUGUAGCUAUUUGUAAUCUCACAGGUCUGAAUGCAAGGCAUUGGCCAGGGCUAUGGUCUCAUUAGAGUUGUUUUUAUUAUUAUUUUUUAAGAUUUAUUUGUUAAUUUUGAGAGAGUUACAGAGAAGGAGAGACAAGGAGAGAGAAAGAGAGAUCUUCCAUCCACUGGUUCGUAAGCCAAGAGCUUCAUCUGGGCCUCCCUUGCAGGGUCCCAAAUAUGUGAGUCAGCUGCUGCUGCUUUUCCCAGACUGUUAUCAGGGAGCUGGAUCAAAAGUGCAGGUGCCAACACAUGAACCAGCAUCACAGGUGUCAGCUUUAUCCACUAUGUCACAAAGCCAGCCCCUGAGUUUUCUUCAAGAUUUAUUUAUUUGACUGAAGAUUGAAGGAGCAAUAAACAGAGAGAGGGAAGAGGAGAGGAGGAGAGAGAGAGAGAGAUCUUCUGUCAUCUAGUUCACUCCCUAAAUGGCAAUGACAGCCAGUCCAAAGUCAGGAACACAGAACGCCAUGUCUCCUCCAUGGGUGGCAGGGACUUAAGUACAUGGGACGUUCUCUGCAGCCUUCCCUGGUACAUUAGCAGGGAGUUGGAUUGGAGGCAGAGCAGCUGGGACUCUAGCCAGUGGCCACAUGAGAUGCAGGUGGCACAAGCAGGCAGUUUAACCCACUGUACCACAACAAGCCCUCAUCAGCAGUUUGCCUGGGGAAGGAACUCUUUGCAAACAACAUCACUAUUGACAGUGUUCAGUUCCUUGUGGUUAUAGGACUGAGAUCUCUGUUUCUUUUGGUUGUUGGACAGAGGCCACCUUCAGCUGCUAUCCACAGGGACUUCCCAACAUGGCAUAUUGCUUCUUGAAUGCCAGCGGAAAGGAGAAUUGCCUCAAAAUACAGAUGCAUGGCCCAAUUGUUUUUAAAGGUUUAUUUAUUUGAAGACAGAGUUACAGAGAGAGAGAGAGGCAGAGGCAAAAAGAGGUCUGCCGUCUGCUAGUUCCUUCCCCAACAUGACUGCAACAGACCAAAGCUAAGAACCAGGAGCUUCAUCCAGGUCUCCCCCAUGGGUGUAGGGGACCAAGGACCUGGGCCUUCCUCUGCUCCUUUCCCAGGCACAUUAGCAGGGAACUGGAUUGGAAGUGGGGCAACUGAGACUGGAGCUGGCACCCAUAAGGGAUGCUGGUACUGCAGAUGGAGGCUUUACCCACUACACCACAGCACCAGCCCCAUGACAGUCUUAUGUAACACAAUUAUAUACGUCUUGUCACUUUGGUGGGUUCAGUAAGGCUGGAAGCACCACACCCGGGGGAGGGGGCGUCACCCAAGCAUAUAAACACCAGGAGGCAGGGACCACAGGGGUCACCUUAAGAGACUGUCACCACAUGUGAUGUCUGGUGACUUGGUCACAGUGAUGGAGCAGAAGCAAAGUUAAACAGACCACAGCUCAUGAGGCUCCUAGAAAAUAUUGCUGUUGUCACAAAACCACCCUCCAUGUAAUGCUGAGAAAUUGAGCCAGAGCCUGCCUCCACUGUCUGCCCCCUGCCCCAGUCCAGUCCCAUAGGCUGUCAUUUUGAGCCUCACUACAAAGUUCAGACAAACUUGUUCCUCUAUCUGCUGGUUGGAAUCCUAGUGGCAGUGGUGAUUGGUGUUAGUUUUAUUUUCCUUUUCCUUUUUUGUUUUGUUUCUCUGCCUAAACGAUUUUAUUCCUUUUAUUUGUUUUUAAGUAGUCAUUGAGGAACCUUAACGGAGGCAGGCAUGACUCCAAACAACCUGCUGAGGACGUUUCAGGUAGCAAUUGCAAGCAUUCUGUUUAUUAAUUCAGUGAUAAGUUAUGAGAAAUGCAGCAUGGUGGUUCUUGGAGAAGCUAAUCCUGGCACCAAGAUGGAUCUACCUGUGCAUAUCGCUUAGUAUUGAAUUGAUUCCCUGACCUAUAAAUCAGAGUACGGUAGCCAUCCUAAUAAGCUAUCCUAUGGAGAACUAAUAAUUUUUUUGGCAUAAACUAGAAAUCCUACAUGAUAGAAACUGAUUUGCACUCUGCGCCGUUGAGCAGAACUUGGCCAUGAAGCUUGAAGUAUUUGUCCUGUUCUCAGGGUUCACCUGGUGCUGGAUACUCUCCAUGUUUUUUCCUUCUUUAUAGAGGUUUUUUUUUUUU